GCACAGGAGAAAUCUCUGCAGCGAGAAUCCUGUGUACCACAGCUACAGAAAACCACAGCAUGGUCAAAAAAUCAAAUAAAUAAAAUACAAAAAAAAUUAAAAUGGUCAGUGACACCUGGUCCCUGACCUGAGAAGAUCUGGUGAAGCGUCUGGUCCAACUCUAUAAGAAGACAACCUUCUCCACGCGAGUGAUGGGCGGGGGUGUGGAGACCAGACGACCCGCCUGUCUCAGUUCCUCCUAGUGGCAGGCGUGGCGAGGGGAGGGAAUCGAGGAGAAGGAAAGAGGAACCCGGCCGAAGGCAUCUGGUCGUGCCGUCCACGGGCCAUCACCGUCGGGUGAGGAAGAGAAGCGUCAGGUCGCUCAGAUGUGGAAGCCUCGCGGGAGAGCGAUGGGGACUGCAGACCUGCAUCGUCUGGGCAGCCCCACGAGUCUCCUGGCGACGGCUUUCCUCCUCUCUGUGGUGCUCGACUCCGCGUGGCUCCUCACCCAGGAGCAGCAGGAUCUCCCAGCCGUGAAGCCAGACGCCAGUCUAAAUGUGAAGUUUGACCCACAGACGACGAAGCUGACUUGGGACUGCAAGGAAAACACUACCUAUGGGGAAUGUGUACUGAUUCACAAGGAGAAGGGGCUGAUUAAGAAAAAGGUCAAACAGAAUGAUUGUCAGUGCACAUUUCCAGACUGCUCUCUGCACGGGGGAGUCACGCUCACCGUCGAAGUGAGUACCAACCGGAGACGGCUUUCAGAGAUGCUGGUCUACACUAACCCAGGUAAGGAGGGCACAGCUGCCGAAAACUUCUCCUGUGUUAUCUACGACGCGGAUUUCAUGAACUGCAGCUGGGCCAAGGGCCGAGCGGCUCCCGACGACGUCCAGUAUUUUUUGUACGUGCGAUCAAAGAAAAGAAUCGAGAGGGAAUGUCCUCGUUACCUGAAAGACUCGGGGACCCACGUGGGAUGUCACCUCCGAGACCUCUCGGGGUUAACGUCGUACAGUUACUUCCUGGUUAACGGUACCAGCCAAGAAGCAGGAAUCCAGUUCUUUGACUCAGUUUUGCUGCUAAAGGAAAUAGAGCAGUACAACCCACCCGACAAUAUCAGCGUCCAGUGCAACGCGUCCCACUGCCUCAUCCAGUGGGAAAAGCCCAGGACGCGACAGGCACGGUCCAACAGGGAGCUCCAGUACCAGCUGGACAUCCAGAGAUGGCGUGAUACCAGCAGCAGCAGAAGUCAGCUGAUUGUAGUAUUUGGUGACUCCGGGAACAGAUACAACUUUCCGAAGCCGGGAUCCAAAGCAAAACAUACUGUGAAGAUUAGGACGGCGGAUGCCCGGAAAGCCCGCUGGGGUGCCUGGAGCCCGCCCGUUGAGUUCGGUUCCUCAAGACCCACAGGUUAUUCCCUCCGGUUCCACAGAUCAAAGAUAAAUUGAAUGAUAACCAACAAGUCGACCACGAGAUGCUAUGGGAGAAGUUUACACACGAAGCAGGAAAAGGUGACAAGGAAGAGGUCUUAACCGUGGAGACAGUCUCAGAAGCCCCAGCGAAACUGUGAAUUCCAGGCGUCUCCAUACCCGGGACUUUCUAGAAGCUGUUUACUUUUUAAAAAAUAUUUUUUAAACAUUUCUUAAGUAUUUUAUUUACUGUUUUCGAUUGAAGCUUUUUUAAAUUGUUGUGUUUUUAUAGCAUUCUAUCUUUUUGUUCUUUUAACGAGGCUUCCCAGGGAGUCAGUGGUAAAGUACUCGCCUGUGAAUCGAAGAAACUCAGGUUCGAUUCCUGGGUCGGAAAGAAUCCCUGGAGAAGGAAAUGGCAACUCACUCUAGUAUUCUUGCCUGGAGAAUCCCAUGGACAGAGGAGCCUGGGAUCCUCUAUGGGGUCAUGAAGAACCGAACAUGAAUGAGCAACUAAUCAACAACUGUUUUUUUUACUCUAAAAGAUAAUGUCCUGUUUCUCAAAGGUGCUUUUGUAGCUGGAGGGAUGUUUGAAUGCCUUUCAAAUCUGAACAACUUAAUGCACCUCUCAGCGCCUCCUGGAACCCCAUCCCCUCGUCACACGCAGGUGUCCAGACUGCCAGUGGCCGCUGGGGCUGGAACGCCGUCUCCCCUGCCUCUGCUUUUACUGGCGGACAGAAUACAUCCUCCUGUCUUGGUUUUUCUUUUUUUUUUCCUGUAUCAGCUGCAGCUUAGAAAGAAAUGAGUUUUCAGAGGCUACUGUAACAGGACCUCCAUGAUGGACUUGGCAUGGCAGGAAUCUAUCCGUUAACAGCUCGUACGGUCUCUUGUGUAAUUCUUUUAACAGUCUCUGUGAUGACCUGACCCCCAGGCUGGUGGUCCACGACCCAGUCUCCAUCUCAGGAUCCUGGCGUUCAUCACCGCUGUUAACUUCCUUGUGUCAGAAGGCAACCCGUUUGUGGAUCCUGGGAUUUAGGAUAUCACUGGGGAUGUUAUUCUGUCCACCACACGGGGAGGGGACGCAGACGUCCUUGGUGGCAUUUUUCUGUCCACCGCAUGGUGUCCCAAAGAGGGGAGAUUCGCUGAGCCGGGAUCCAUCCCCAGACCUGCAGAUUCAAACGUCACCCUCUGGGCGUGGAGGCCCCUUUCCCCCGACCCUCCUUCCCCCUCAUAACAUGUCCUGUGCGUUCCUCCCGUUCCCCUGGAAUCCUCCACCAAAACCAGCUGAGUCGUACGCUUUUUGCACAAACCGGCAAAGCCUUAUGUGUUUUUUGUUUUUUUUUUUUAAACUCCGGUCUUUUCACGAGCUUUGUGAGCCAUUUUAGCCAAUUACCCAGCCCCACGGAGGGGGUCUUGGGAAGCCUGACUUAUAAGCUGGUCAGUCGGAAGUCUGGGCUGCCUGGGACCCCCCUCCCCAGGAGGGGUCUGAAGAGACUGGGAUCAGAAGCCUUGGGGAGCCGGUUUUUCGUGCUGGAAAAUGACCUGGAAGCUGACACACAGCCAGGUGAAAACGCAUCGGGGUAGCAAUGAUCUGGACACCAUACCUGUGUCGUUUUAACACGUGGAUAUUACAGAACUCAGGAAACAUGAGCUAUUUGCUGUUUCUGUUUGUACACACAUUGCUUUUAUUUCAUUUUUUUAGAUUCCAAAAGGAUGGUUGCCAAUGGGGAAAGGCAGGUAGGGUUCAUGGGUGGGGGAGCAGGGUAAUUUAGAUGUUUGGGGUUAAAAGUGUGAACUG